AUGGGUUGCCGACCCGAUUACAUCUCCCCAGACGACUCCGACUACUUCGUGUACCGAGCCGGAUGCGACGGCACCAAAAGGGCCCUCGAGCGGCUCUCACGCCCGCACCCCUUCUCCCUCGACGACGAUGUCGGUCUCCUCAGUCGCGGUGACCACUACACUGUCGCCGCGUUGAUAUCCUCGGGGACGCUUGACGUCUUUGAUCUCCACCUUUUUCACUCGGAAUCCAAGGCAUGGAUCUACCGGAAGGUGUCUGUAGGGGAGCCACAGAGAUCGUUUCCGCUGGUGAUCCCCGAAAACUGCGGGCGGCUCCUGUACCACGACACAAGCACCGCGAUUGCCAUCGGUGGUGAAGGCGGUACCAUGAGCUGGGUCGAUCUCUGGCGCGGCAUCCUUUUUUGCGAUGCACUCUGUGACAUGCCCACGCUCCGUGGUGUACCUCUGCCAUUGCCGUUGGAGUUGGUGAGCUGCAACAAUGGACUGGGGACCGAGCUAGGCUGCCCAAAGAUCAUUCGUAGCAUUGCCUUCAUCAAGAGAGGGACCAACGACGGUGCAGAUGAUUGCCUCAAGCUUGUUCACUUGGAAGCUAAUGCCACUUGCCUCCCUGGUACUGAUGAUGAAACAGGUUAUCCCUUAUUCUUAAUGAAUAGCUGGGCGAUUGUCACAUGGAGCAACACUAAAAUGACGAGCUCUUGGAAGGAUUGGCACAUGGACUGCAGGGUCCAAGCUUCUGACAUCACAAUGGACAGCCAAAUCAAGUCCAAGUUGCUUCAAUUUGGACUGCUGCCUGAACCAAGGGAUGGUGCUACAGCAGGUUGA